AUGUUACCCACGGAUAUAGGGACAGAUUUAUAUCUUGUUAAUUGUCAGUUACUUGAAGAGUUUCAGACACUUGUUGAAGUGGAAACCUCUCAGGUAGAAGAGAAGUGGAGCCUUGCAGGGAUUGUCAUGGAGUUUGAAGCUGCCAUUAAUUCCUUCCAGAGACAGGAUAAAUAUCAACUUAUCGAUAUGUUCACAUGUCAAUGGAUGAAACCUGAAGACAUUGACUGGUAUCCUCUUUCAACCCCACUCUCCUCCACAACUCUCAACUUAACUGUCUUUUCACUUUCAGUUAUUCUUCCAUCUUCUUCAUCAUCUCUACGACUUUAUCCUUCUCGAGGUUCCUUUUUUCCCCCUCUCUGCAAAACCAGCUUAAACCCUAUCGCUUUUUCCUGGUUUUAUGUCGUAGCCGAAGAACAGACGGACCACCGUCUGAUUUUAGACAUGUUGGACAUCUUGUUUGGGUGGUCAAAGGCUUCUAAAUGCAAGAAGGUGAUCAAAAGAGCUAGGUGCAGGCUCAAGCUGCUCAAGAACAAGAGGCAGGCAAUAGCGAGGCAGUCACGUGAAGAUGCCGCUGAGCUUAUAAAGUGUGGCCAUCAAGAAUCUGCUGUCAAUCGGGUGGAGCAGCUAAUCAAAGAUGAAACUUUAUCUGGGGCUUAUGAAUUGUUAGAUCACUUCUGUGAAUUUAUCCUGACCCAACUCUCCUAUAUCCGAAGGCACAAGGACUGUCCAAACGACAUCAAUGAAGCAGUUUCGAGUUUGAUAUUUGCGUCUGCGAGGAUUGGCGAUCUUCCUGAGCUUUUUGUCAUCAGGAAGCUCUUUGGACAGCGCUAUGGCCAGAGGUUUGCAACUACUGCUGUGGAGCUAGUUCCUGGGAAUCUUGUGAACAAGCAGUUAAUAGAGAGCCUCUCGUUAAAGUCUGUGCCGUAUGAUGUAAAGUACAGAGUUGUCGAUGAAAUAGCAAGAGACCACUGCCUCCAACCAGAGGUUUUGGCUAUUGAGUACUAUCCUGAUUGGCAACAAAUGCAGGAGAGAGAAAUCAAAGAGUAUGAAGUAGAGGAAGAUGGUGGCAAACCAGAGAUGCACGUUUCAGAGGUUGAAGAGAUACAGAGAGAAAUCAUUUGCGUUGAUUCACCUAUCAAGAAGUUGUUGCUCAAGCCAACUAGCCCUCGUUUUCUGCGAGAAUCUAACGCAGUUGAUGUUUCUGCCAUAAUUUCUACUGUUCGGAAAUAUCUCCCCUAUAUUCAGAGCUUUCCUUUACAAAAGAUGGCGAAAGUACAGAACAUCUCUAAGCUCCUUCCUGGUUUAAAAGACACGAGAGAAUUGGUAGCAUAUGAUAAUGACAUAGAGGAACCUCAGUCUUCUGCAUCAAGAAAUGGAUCCUUUCGUGACCAAAGGCUAAUGAAGUUCAGAGAACAAACUCGAUCGGAUUAUGGUCAUCAGAGUAAUUUGGAUGAAAGGGAGUCGGAAAGCGACAAGUCAAGCACGAGGAGCUCUAGAAAGAGCAAGAGGGCACGUGAGAAAAGAAUAAGAAGAAGAUCAGCAUCACUUGAAAGCCAAUGCAUAAUGGAUAUUGGCUGCUUGAUAUACUAUCAUCACAAGCCAUCCAGAAAUGCCUCUUCUCACAGAACUUGCUCUCGCUACCACUUAAAGCACCAGAAGCCUUUCAUAGAAGCACUUCCACAACCAGGUUAUGCCCACAAGAGACUGAAGCAGCAUAACUCUUCAGAAAUGGAGCAAAAUGCCUGCAGCUUGGACAAUCCCUGCUAUUGCUCUGUUCAUGAUGACAGUAGAGACUGUUUGGAAGGGUUACAGGUGAAUCCAAACAUAGGAAUAAGAACUAUACAAAGUGAAGAAAAGCCCAUUUCGAAUGAAGAAUCAAACAAGGGAAUGGAAUUAGUUUCCGUUCCUCAGAGAGCAGUAUAUAAUGUAUUCACGUACCCAGAUUGUAACAAAACAGAGAAGCAGAAGAACGGAACACCAGAAGCGUACGCAAGAGCUGUGACGAUGCCCCCAGAGCGGCAUAAAACUCGAAGGGACAAGAUGAUGAGGAUGUAUUCAUGUCCGCCUGAAUAUCCCAACCAUGUUCAUCCCAAGUUGCCAGACUAUGAUGAUUUAGCUGCUAAGUUCAACGCUCUCAAGAGAGAACAUCUCCAGAACAAAGUGACCUCUUUGGCCACUUAAGAAACUCAAAGGUAGAAUAGGAGGCACGCGUAGUAUAUCCAUUUUUUUUAUUUAAUCUUCCCAUUCGAAUAGCUUUAUUUGUGCGUUGUUGUAUUGAUUUACCUUGUUGAGUUUGCAAAAAUAUCCUUCAGAAACUCUUUUUUUUUUUUGGGUUGCCAUCAGUCCUUAAGAAAUCUAGUGAUAUGCAAAAGAACAAGAUAUCUGCCCCUCAAAAA